GAACGGAGUAUGUUCGAAAGAAAAUAUUUAUUUAAACUGCACAUAUAGGUUUAUUUCUAAUUAUUGAAGCAAUGAAAAUGAUAGGCAAGAUACAAACGAUUUCUAUCAUAUUCCAAUAUACAAUAGUGCAGUAUAAUAAAGUUGAAGGGUUCGUAUAUAACUAUCCUCAACAUAAUUAUGAUUAUCACCACUAUGAAAAUGAUCAUUACGAUCAGCCGAAACGAAGAAUACGAAAACUGAGCCGACAUCGUAGAAAAAUGCAUCGAAUCAACGAAGAUAGAUAUCCAAAGAGAAUUAAAUACAGAAAUAGCUACGAAGAUUAUGAUUGCAAAUGUUCUUGUAGAAAUUGUGCGAAAUUAAAACAAUGCUGUGUAGACCAAUGUCAUCAAUGUCAGAAUGGAGCGAAUCUUAUGUACGUACCGUAUCCAGUUCCAGUAGUAAUUGAUGUACCGAGCAUUGUACCAUCACCGGUAACUCCUGAAACCACCAAACCGCCAUGUUCAACUACAACCACAACAACUACAACGACCACAACACAAACCACUGUACAAACGUCGUCAACACAACCACCAUAUUUGCCUGACGAUAAACCCUGCGCAGCUUUAGCAAACUGUAAAGAAAGUUAUGAUAAACGAUACUACGUAAGGAACAAUUAUCAAAGACUAAUGCCGAAUAGAUUCGACGCUUAUGAUGAUAGAGAUAUAAGACCAACGAUGUCUAUUUACGAAUUUACUAAUGACAAAGCUAUAAGGCCAAAAAAUCGUCCUUGGUUCUCCCGAAAUGGAUACUCACCGCUACGUAAUAAUUUAGCCAUUAAAUUUGGAUCAGAAAUACGAAAUUAUAAAUAAAUUUAAUUAUAUUAGCAUGUCCUGGUCUCACUGAAAAAAAUCUUUGUCUUGAAUGUAAACAGAAGUAAACCAUGAUCCUUUUCAUAAUUAAUCUUUAUUAUUCUAUUGUAGACAGAAAUUUGCAACGCAUCGUCGAAUUUUAGGCGUAUUUUAUUUCCGUUUUUCACUUCGUAAAAGGAAAUCUAUGUUAUGCAAGAAAAAAAACUGUGUUGUACUGUUUAUUAAGAAUUAAUCCCAUGUUUUAAUUCGACACAUUAUGAUUUUUGUCAUGAAGCAUACGAUUUUAUUACUUUCACAUUUGACUGAUUUUAGUACGAAAUUAAAAUUCCACUGCCAUUUUCCUUUGCAAUGUUUUAGUAUCAACGUUUACCUAAAUUUCUUUUUUAGUUAUAGUGCUUGUCAGAAAAAUAGUGUUUUACUAUGAAAAUCGUAUGACAUUCAUUUAUUAAAAUCACCUUUGUGACCUGUUGAUUAAA